CCGGCUCUGCCACCCAGCUGCGCCCUCCGCUGCCCGCUGCCGGGUCCGCCGUCCCGCUGAGCUUUUGGGGAGCAAACUGCUCUCCCGCACCCGGAGUCCCAGAUGGCUUCAGUGACCGAUAGUAAAGCCGGGGUCAAAGAUGCCUCCGACCAGAAUUUUGACUACAUGUUUAAACUGCUCAUCAUCGGCAACAGCAGCGUUGGCAAAACCUCCUUCCUCUUCCGCUAUGCUGAUGACACCUUCACCCCGGCCUUCGUCAGCACUGUGGGCAUCGACUUCAAGGUGAAGACAGUCUACCGCAAUGAGAAGCGAGUGAAGCUGCAGAUCUGGGACACAGCGGGGCAGGAGCGGUACCGGACCAUUACCACAGCCUAUUACCGUGGGGCCAUGGGCUUCAUUCUGAUGUAUGAUAUCACCAAUGAGGAGUCUUUCAAUGCUGUGCAAGAUUGGGCUACUCAGAUCAAGACCUACUCCUGGGACAAUGCACAGGUUAUCCUGGUGGGAAACAAGUGUGACAUGGAGGAAGAAAGGGUUGUUCCCGCUGAAAAGGGCCGGCUCCUCGCAGAGCAGCUUGGGUUUGACUUCUUUGAAGCCAGCGCCAAGGAGAAUAUCAGUGUGAGGCAGGCCUUCGAGCGCCUGGUGGAUGCCAUUUGCGACAAGAUGUCUGAUUCGCUGGACACGGACCCCUCCGUGCUGGGUGCCUCCAAGAACACCCGUCUCUCGGACACCCCGCCGCUGCUGCAGCAGAGCUGCUCAUGUUAGGCAAGGCCCACCCUCCUGACCUCCCCUCAUUGUGGCCCCACACUCACUCUGCUUCCCCUGUUACACUCUGUCCACCCCAGCCCCGAGCCAGCUGCGUUGCUGCUGCUCUUUGCCUGCCUUGGAGGUGGAAGCAUGCCCGAGGGGUUCUCUGCAGAUGGCCCCACUCACAGACACUCAGCUCUAGCCGAACAGCCAGGUUGCAGUGUGGGUGCAGAUUUACAGAAGAAGACUCCAUUUUGCAAAGGGGACUCACUACAGGGACUUGGAAAGCAAAUCUCUUUUCUGCCUUUAGAAUAAGAUAUCCUCCAUUUACCAAAACUUGACACACACACACACUUGCCUUGCCUGGCCGACUGUGUAAAGUGAGGCCCACCUGCAGCUAAUCCUAUUAAAGAAAACCUCCCCGUA